CAUUUGUCGCUGACACGUACGAAAAUAACCUCUCUUUAUGGCAUUCAAAAUUUUGGGAAUCGAGCCAGCGAGCUGGAUGGAUUUGCUAUAAUUGCGCUCUUGAUAUAAUUAUCGCUUUAUAUUUACGCGUUAUGUAACUAUUACAGUUUCGAGCUAGAUACAAUACUGUUAUUUCAAUCGAACGUGACUCACCUUGUGUACACUAUAUAACCUAAGUGUUCCACACAACACAUGUAUACAUUUCUUAGGUUGACCGUUUUAUUUGAUUUUCAGUAUACUAUAAACAGACAAGUAUGUUCAAUCAAAGAAUUAUAGCAAUUUGCUUCCUCGUGUGUUUCGCAAUAGUAUUUAAUUUUUCUCUUCAUCGAAUCGAGGAGGGUCAUGUUGGGGUGUACUUUAGGGGAGGUGCAUUGUUACCUCAAGUGAGCAAUCCAGGUUUUCACAUGAUGAUACCAUUAUUAACAACUUAUCGUUCAGUUCAAGUAACUCUGCAGACAGAUGAAGUAAAGAAUGUGCCAUGUGGAACUAGUGGUGGUGUAAUGAUCUAUUUCGAUCGUAUAGAAGUUGUGAACAUAUUAGAUGCAAAUAGUGUAUACAACAUGGUGAGAAACUUCACAGCGGAUUAUGACCGUACAUUAAUUUUCAAUAAAGUACAUCAUGAGUUAAAUCAGUUUUGUUCUGUGCACACAUUGCAUGAAGUAUACAUCGACUUAUUUGACCAAAUCGAUGAGAACCUCAAGACUGCGCUUCAAAAGGAUUUGAAUGAAUUAGCACCUGGUCUUAAUAUACAAGCUGUCAGAGUGACAAAACCAAAGAUUCCUGAGACAAUCAGGAAAAAUUACGAAUUAAUGGAAGCAGAGAAGACAAAGCUGCUAAUAUCCACGCAACAUCAAAAAGUAGUAGAAAAAGAUGCAGAGACUGAUCGCAAGAAGGCAGUCAUUGAAGCAGAGAAGGAAGCACAAGUUGCAAAGAUUCAGUACAAUCAAAAGAUUAUGGAGAAGGAAUCGCUGCAACAAAUGGCAGCAAUUGAAGAUAAGAUGCAUUUAGCAAGACAGAAGAGCCGUUCGGAUGCUGAGUUCUACCAGAUGAAGAUGCAAGCUGAGGCGAAUCAACUAUUAUUGUCUAAAGAAUUUCUAGAACUAAAGAAGUACGAAUCUUUGGCACAUAACGCGAAGAUAUAUUACGGGCAUGACAUUCCAAAAAUGUUCGCCUAUGGAGAUUGUGCGCACGAUUCCAGUUCUGUCACCAGCGCAAAUGUCGAAAAUAAGUCAUGAACAACAGAUAAUCCGGACCCUGUUUCAUUGAUCACACACAUCAUAUUAAUAUAUGGAAUGAAAUGGUUGAUUUUAUUAGCCGAAGCAGUCAAUACUCUCAGGACAUGUGAGUGCAAAGUUUCUGUGGAGAGCUUCAAACUGUUUACAACUUACAGUGACGUGCGACUAUAUCUUCAAGGCGAGUGUGUUACCUGUUCCUCCGAAUUAACUGUGACGUGUGGAAUUAAAUUUCUUUUGUAUACCUAUAUCUAUUUAUUAAAUCUAUACAGAUGAAUACAUCGUAAAUACAGUAUAAGUAUACGACUUA